AUGCUGCUCAAACUGGACAAAUCUGUGGCGGGGUGGCGACCUCAAGUUGAUGCUGCUGUACAAGGGUUGCAGCACGACAUGGAGGAGCUGAAGCUGCAUGUCCUCAAGUUGGAGAAGCAGAGCGAGGAGGGCGGCAAUUCGUCGAACACCUCGCAGGCGUCAAGGAUGGCGGAGGAAGGGAGUCACCAAACUCCUCUGCUUCCUACGCCCAGCACGCUGCCGUUGUUUUCCGGAACAGCGGCGAGCGAUCUCGGUCCAGAUGGCCAUCGCGUCACAAAUUUUCACCGGGGGAAGGCAUCGGGGGUAGUUCAUACUCUCGGGCCACCUCCGGUCAAGGGUACGUUCCAGAUUCCCACUAAAUUUUCUGUUCCUCAUGGGGUUGAGUUUGGCGCAAAUUCGAGUCGGGGAAAUCGGGAUUUGCAUGGGGAGCAAGGGUUCAAUCAUAGGCUACCGAAGUUGGAUUUUCCUCAGUUUGAUGGUUCGGAUCCACAGAGUUGGAGGAUGCGUUGUGAGCAUUAUUUUGGGGUUUAUGGAACUCAUCCAAAUUUGUGGGUUCGGAUAGCCACCAUUUACUUCAUGGGAAGGGCAGCGUCUUGGCUACGUUCAUCUCGUGCUCAUGAAGUUUUUGUCGAUUGGGGUCGAUUCUAUGAAGCGAUGAACCGAAAAUUCGACAGAAAUCAACAUCGGCAACUGAUUCGACAGCUUGAUCAGAUUAAACAAACCGGUUCAGUGAGCGAGUUUUAUGAACGGUUUGAUGAUCUGAUGAAUCAGUUGUUGACGUAUGAUCCUAUGUAUAACACUUUGAAUUUGGUUCACCGGUUCAUAGAAGGGUUGCGUUUUGACAUUCGCGAAGCUGUUUUGUUACAUUGUCCCGAGGAUUUGGAGUCUGCUCUGGUUUUGGCUCUAUUACAGGAGGAGUUGUCUGAGCGGAAUCAAGAGCAAAGGAAAUUUGUGGAUGGAUCGCAGAAGUUUAAAAAUGCAUAUCCAUUACCAUUGCCACCAACCAAGGUUUUGAAAACUGAGGAGAAGAAAGGCGGAGAGCUCAAUCGGGGUACUAAUCUUUCUGACAAGGUUAGUGCACUUCGAUCGUUUCGUCGUGCACAAGGUUUGUGUUACUUAUGUGCCGAAAAGUGGUCGCCGACACAUAAAUGUUCAGGAACAGUUCAGCUUCACGCUGUUCAGGAGCUCUUUGCACUAUUUCCUGACAAUGCAAAUGAGGAUCAGGCUAGCAUAUCUUCUGAAGAUAGUGAUUCUUCCUUGUUAGCUAUGUCAGUUCAUGCAGUUCAGGGUACUGAUUCUCAGUCUACCAUUCGGUUACAAGGAAAAAUUCAGGGGUUGAAUAUACUGAUGCUUGUAGAUUCUGGUAGUUUGGCUAGCUUUAUCAGUGAUCAAUUGGCUGACCGUCUUACUGGAGUUCAGUUCUUAGCUCAUCCUCUGUCUGUUAAGGUGGCCAAUGGACAGGUGUUGCAUUGUCAGAAAGAAAUGCCUUCUGCUGAAUGGUUUGUUAGUGGUCAGAAGUUCUUGACCACAUUUAAAGUGGUGGCCUUGGGAGGUUAUGAUGCAAUCUUAGGCAUGGAUUGGUUAACUAAGUAUAGUCCAAUGCAAAUUGAUUGGCAGCUUAAGUCUAUUCACUUGACAGUUAUGGGUCAUGAGUCUUUGGUACAUGAAUUCUCUCAUUUAUUUGAGGAACCCAGUGGAUUACCUCCUGCUCGAGAUUAUGACCAUACAAUUCCUCUAAUUCCUGGGGCUGUGCCAGUUAAUGUGAGACCUUACCGUUAUACACCUGCCCAAAAGGAUGAGAUCGAAAAACAGGUUAAGGAUAUGUUACAAAAAGGAAUUAUUCAGCCAAGUGCUAGUCCUUUUUCUUCUCCUGUUUUGUUAGUCAAAAAGAAAGAUGGCACAUGGAGGUUUUGUGUGGAUUAUCGCCAUCUUAAUGCUAUCACUGUCAAAAACAAGUAUCCUCUUCCAAUAAUUGAUGAGUUAAUGGAUGAAUUGGCUGGUGCUUGCUGGUUUUCUAAGCUUGAUUUGCGUUCGGGGUAUCAUCAAAUUCGGAUGGCAGUUGGUGAGGAGGCUAAGACAGCUUUUAAAACUCACAAUGGUCAUUUUGAAUUCAAGGUGCUUCCCUUCGGACUUACGAGUGCUCCAGCUACCUUCCAGGGUGUGAUGAAUACAGUUUUAGCUGAUCAAUUGCGUCAAAAUGUCUUGGUCUUUGUUGAUGACAUCUUGGUAUACAGUCGCACUUUGGAGGAGCACAAGAAUCAUCUGCGUCAGGUGUUUGAGACUCUGAGUAAGCAUCAGUUACGAGUCAAAUUGUCUAAAUGUUCUUUUGCACAAACUCAACUGUCUUAUCUAGGGCACAUCAUUAGUGCUGAUGGAGUUUCAACAGAUCCAGAAAAGAUUCAGGUGGUUCGGCAAUGGCCAGUUCCUGUAUCUGUUAAAGAUGUGCGCAGCUUCCUAGGUUUGGCAGGGUAUUAUCGCAAGUUUGUCCGACAUUUUGGCAUCAUUAGUAAGCCAUUAACUAAGCUAUUGUGUAAGGGGCAGCCUUUUAUCUGGACACAACACCAUCAAGAAGCUUUUGACACUUUGAAACAGAGUCUGAUAUCAGCACCGGUGUUGGUCAUGCCCGAUUUCCAGAAAAUGUUUGUGGUGGAGACUGAUGCUUCUGAUCGAGGUAUUGGUGCUGUGCUGAUGCAAGAUCAGCAUUCGGUGGCAUUUUUGAGUAAGGCUUUAGGACAUCGGACUCAAGUUCUUUCCACUUAUGAAAAGGAAAGUCUGGCUAUUAUUCUUGCUGUUGAUCAUUGGCGCCCGUAUUUACAACAUGAUGAUUUUUUAAUUCGCACUGAUCACCGCAGUCUGGCCUUUCUUGAUAACCAACUAUUAACCACCUCUUGGCAAUAUAAAGCAAUGACUAAGUUGUUGGGUCUUCGUUAUCGUAUUGUGUACAAGAAAGGAUUGGAGAAUGGAGCCGCAGAUGCUUUAUCUCAUAGAUCCUCUGAUGGUCUUCCAAUUUUAAGUGCAUUAUCUGUUGGUUUACCGGAUUGGUUACAGGAUGUUGUUUCGGGUUAUAAGUCUGAUCCCGAAGCUCUUCAGCUUUUGCAUUCUUUUAAGGAAGGCACAUGUCAUUCUGCUCAUUUUGAGUUGCAAAAUGGUAUUCUUUAUUUCAAGAAACGUGUUUGGGUGGGCAAUAAUAGGCAGCUUCAGCAGCAAGUUCUGGCAAAUUUGCACACUGCUGCUCUAGGGGGCCAUUCUGGAAUUCAAUCUGUCAACAAGCUAAACCUGAACAUGUGCCUUACCCAGGGUUACUACAACCAGUUCAAAUACCUGAACAUGCUUGCAAUGUUUGGUCAUAAACCUCGUCAUUUUGGGCUCUCAGUGGAUUCUGUUGGGGUGCCUAGUGCAUUGGAUAGUUGGAUGCAGGAUCGUCAUAAUAUGCAAAGCUUGAUUUAUCAUCAUUUGGUUCGAGCUCAACAACGAAUGAAGAGUCAGGCUGAUUCUAAGCGUACUGAUCGCGUGUUUGCGGUGGGUGAUUGGGUUUUUAUGAAGCUUCAACCUUAUGUGCAGCAAUCUGUCAUGACUCGUGCUAAUCAGAAGUUGGCUUUCAAGUUCUACGGGCCCUUCCAGAUCCUUCAGCGCGUGGUAGAGGUUCUUCAACAGCGGCUACGUCGUCAUGGUGAUAAAAUGAUUGUUCAAGCUUUAGUUCACUGGUCUGGUACUUCGUCAUCCACCACUUCUUGGGAAGAUCUGGAGGAGUUAAGGCAUCGCUUUCCUUCUGCCACAGCUUGGGGUCAAGCUGUGUUUCAAGGAAGGGGGAAUGUUACAUCCGGCACAACUGAUGACGAACAGGAACAAGUGUCCAAGGUCGUUGGCUCCGUUCUGAGUACGGCCCAGCAACGGCCUGUUCGUGUAACUAGGCCCAACCCGAAGUAUAAGGGUGGAAACUGGGUUAACUAG